CUGUCUCUUGCCACAAGCACAAGCUAAAGCGACACGCCGGGAUUUGGUUCCGGUAGAAAAAUUUAGAAAAAAUCUAUUUUUUCGUUUAAACAAGCAUAAAAAAUAAUUACCAAAUAUUAAUAAAACAUUUACAAUCGUGGUAAACGUAUUUUGAAUUCAUCAUGUCUGAUCUAAAAUCCUUUCUAAACCAAUGGUGUCAGAAGAAUAAAAAGGAACCAGCUUAUGAAGUGAGACCCACGGGACCCAAGCAUAGGCAGAGAUUUCUCUGUGAACUAAGAAUUGAUGGCUACAACUAUGUUGGAGCAGGAAAUUCAACCAACAAAAAGGAUGCACAAUCUAAUGCUUCAAAGGAUUUCAUCUCUUUCUUGGUUCGGCAAGGAAUGAUUAACAAAAAUGAGGUACCAGCUGAAAUUGAUGCUGCUCCUACACCUGCCAUUCACCACGGCCAACAAGAAAUGACAGGUGGCGGGCCGCAACAUCAAGUGUUUGAGAAAGGUAUGGGUCCUGCCAAUUUUGGUGAAGCAUACCGUCCUCGUGGUCGAGAAGAUGGAGAAUGGCAUUAUAUGGACAGAGCUCAAGAACAGAAACGAAUGGAAGAAGCAGAAGAUUUAGAUGUGAAUGCUCAAAUUCAUGGAAAUUGGACUGUAGAGAAUGCCAAAUCUAAGCUACAUCAAUUCAUGCAAGCCAAUAAGAUUAACACGGAUUAUAAAUAUACACAAGUUGGGCCAGAUCACUCUAGAACAUUCGUCGCAGAACUCAGUUUCUAUGUUAAACAACUUGGAAGAACUAUUCAUGGAAGGGAUACUGGAUCUAAUAAACAGACUGCAAGUAAAAGUUGUGCCCUAUCAGUUGUGCGACAACUUUUUCACUUGAAAGUCAUUGAAGCUUUUUCAGGAACAUUAAAAAAAGAAAAGAAGUCAGCAACAGAAAUGCCUCCUUUCCAAGUAAGACUAAGUCCUAAAUUGAAGGAUCAAAUUUCUGACUGUUUGAGGUCAUUAAACGUGACUCCCACUCCAGUCACCUCUAAUCAAGUGGACGAUAAAGGCGAACCUGUACCCGUGUCUCUACUAAGCAGCCACGUUUUAGACGACUUUCAUCCCGCAAAACCCACAGCGGCUGGUGUGGUUCCGUGGUCGCCACCUCAACCAAACUGGAACUGCUGGACAGGUUGUAAUAUAGACGAAGGGUAUUUAGCUAGUGCUACGUUGGAUGAUUUAAGUGAACAGAUGCUUACUGAUUGGAAACACAGAACAGCGAAUGAUUCUUCGCUGAUCACUAGUAUGCAAGACAGAAUGAUUUUGCCGGUAUAUACGAAGAAAUCAGAGAUUAUGGAAGCUAUCAACGAACAUCCUGUUAUUAUCAUAAGGGGAAAUACUGGUUGCGGUAAAACAACUCAGGUAUGCCAGUUUAUUUUGGAAGAUUAUGUAAUGUCUGGGCAAGGAGCCUGGGCCAACAUCUGCGUCACACAACCCAGACGUAUAUCAGCCGUUUCGGUAUCAGAAAGAGUGGCUGCCGAACGAUGUGAAGAGCUCGGUCAGUCUAUCGGUUACUCAGUGCGUUUUGAAUCAGCUUUACCUAAACCGUACGGAUCAGUAAUGUUCUGUACAGUAGGAGUGUUGUUGAAAAAGUUGGAAAAUGGUCUUAGAGGAGUCAGCCACGUUAUUGUAGAUGAGAUUCACGAACGAGAUGUCAAUAGUGACUUUAUUAUGGUUGUUUUGAGAGAUAUGAUCCACACAUAUCCCGAUUUGAGAGUAAUUCUUAUGUCUGCUACCAUCGAUACAACUUUAUUCUCUAAAUAUUUCAACAACUGCCCCGUUAUCGAAAUUCCAGGAAGAGCUUUUCCUGUUAAACAGUAUUUCUUGGAAGAUGCUAUUGAACUCACGAAGUUCGUGCCACCCACUGAUACCAGAAAAAGAAAAAAUAAAGGUGGUAAAGAUGAUGACGAAGAAGAAAGUACAGGCGUUGAAGAACCUGACGAAAAUUUAAACAAGGUUGUAGGAGGAAAUUAUUCAGAUCUGACCAGAAACGUCAUGUCUAGACUGAAUGAAAAAGAAGUGAGUUUUGAGCUUCUGGAAGCUCUUUUAGACUACAUCAAAACACAAUCUAUACCUGGAGCUGUAUUAGUUUUCCUUCCUGGCUGGAAUUUAAUCUUCGCUAUGAUGAAACAUCUUCAAAAUCACCCCGUUUAUGGAGGAAGUCAGUACAGUAUUUUACCCUUACAUUCCCAAAUCCCUAGAGAAGAUCAGAAAAGGGUCUUUCAACCUGUUCCUGACCACGUAACAAAAGUCAUUCUUGCAACAAAUAUCGCCGAAACUUCCAUCACCAUAAACGACGUAGUGUUUGUGAUUGACAGUUGCAAAGCAAAAAUGAAGAUGUUUACUUCUCACAACAAUAUGACUAGUUAUGCUACGGUUUGGGCUUCCAGGACAAACUUGGAACAGAGAAAAGGUCGAGCUGGUCGUGUUAGGCCAGGUAUUUGUUUCCAUUUGUGUUCCAAGGCCAGAUUCGACAAACUUGACGAACAUAUGACACCAGAGAUGUUUAGAACUCCCUUACACGAGCUGGCUUUGAGCAUAAAGCUGUUACGUUUGGGCUCGAUAGGUCAUUUCCUGUCAAAGGCUAUUGAACCUCCACCAUUAGAUGCCGUCAUCGAAGCGGAAGUGCUAUUAAGAGAAAUGAAAUGUCUGGAUCAAAACGAUGAGUUGACUCCUCUGGGUAGAAUCAUCGCCAAGCUUCCCAUUGAACCGAGAUUGGGGAAAAUGAUGGUUUUGGGUUGUGUAUUUAUGUGUGGAGGACCAUUGGCUACGAUGGCUGCAAACUCUUCUACAUUCCCUGAAAUAUUCACGCUAGACAUGGGCCAAAGACGGUUAAGCUAUCAUCAAAGAGCCUUAUCUGGGGACAGGCACUCCGAUCAUGUUGCGAUGUUAACAGCAUUUGAGCUGUGGGAUCAAGCCAGACAAGGUGGAGAAGAAGCAGAAUUAAGGUUUUGCGAUUUCAAAGGCAUCAGUAUGCCGACUAUGAGAGUAACUUGGGAAGCUAAACAUCAACUACAACAAAUCUUGAAUAAUGUAGGUUUUCCAGAAGAAACUAUGGCGCUAUUUCCUAUGGAAACUGUUGGUCCAGAUCCCAGACUUGAUGUUGUAAUGUCUCUUAUGUGUUACGGAUUAUAUCCAAACGUUUGUUUCCACAAGGACAAAAGAAAGGUAUUAACAACAGAAAGCAAAGCCGCACUUAUCCACAAAACUUCCGUCAACUGCAGUAACCAGGAUCAAGGAUUUCCAUACCCAUUCUUUGUAUUUGGAGAAAAAAUCAGAACCAGAGCUGUAUCUUGCAAACAGAUGACUAUGGUUACACCCCUUCAUCUUCUGCUGUUCGGUUCCCGAAAAGUAGAAUGGGUUGAUAACGUGGUUAGGUUGGACAACUGGAUCAAUUUGGACAUGGAUCCCGAGGUAGCUUCCAUGAUAGUGGCUCUAAGACCUGCGUUGGAAAGUUUAGUUAUUAGAACUUCUCAGUCUCCAGAAGCAAUCUUGGAAAUGGGAGAAACUGACGUUAAGGUUGUGUCAACGAUUAAAGAAAUAUGCAGAUUGCACGCAGGAAGUUUUGAACUAGAAAGAGCCAAAGGUAGCCUGCUUCAAUCAAAUAGGCCUCCCAGAGGACACACUCUCGGAGGGUUCAGUGGACCUUCUCCCAAAUUCUUCAGAGGUGGCUUUAAUAGUCGAGGUGGUGGUGGAGGUUUCAGAGGUGGAUUCCGUGGCGAUAGAAAUGGGGGCGGUUUUGGCGGCGGCAGAGGUGGAUUCCGAGGUGGUCGAGGCGGAUUUGGAGGAGGCGGUGGUGGCUUUGGCGGUUCCCGUGGUGGAAGAUAUUAGAUAUCUUAUAAUAUAUAUAGAUAUAACUUAAUUACUAAUGUUUCUUAGGUAUUUAUUGCAUUUUAAAAAUGACUGUUUCCAAACAAUGUUUUGCAAUGUAUUAGUAUGACAGUGUAUCAGUUAAUUUAAGAUUUAGUGUUUAAUUUUAAAUAAAAAGAAAUAAAACUAUUGCUUAGCAGGUUA